AUUUCAUCUCAGCACAAACCAAGCACUGAGGUACCUUAGUCUGUGACACUUUCCUGAGCCUGCAUCUGCAGGGUGCGCUACGGCACAUCCUCAAACUUGAGACCUGCUAACAUUCCAAACCUAUCGCGGUUCCAAGUGUACCAACCACCCUUCGAUCUCGGCCUCGAACUCGACCUCGCUUGAUUUGAUCCCUUGGUCCAACUGCCCAAACCACCAAAAAGUCCAUCACUUCAGCCACCCUGGCGCCUCAUCCCAUUCAAGUCCUCUCACCAUGUCUCUGUAAGAUCGCUUGUUCAAGUCAAGCAUAUUGACCAACAAUCCUCCCUAAUCUGGCCCUCGUUCAUUCUUUCGUGCCCACGACCCCCUCAUUCCUCCAUCCCACUUCAUGACCGACCUCGCCAUGACCUCCCUCAAGUUCUCAACCACCGACAAAACCCGCACCUAUAGCACCUCGACUUCCUUCAACAUCACCGUCCUCAUUUCCGGCUCAGGCACAAAUCUGCAAGCUCUCAUCGACGCCUGUGGUCAGGCCCCUUCUACCAGCAACAAGCCUGCCCCCAAAAAGACCUUGGCUCACGGAGAAAUCACCCACGUCAUUUCCAACCGCCGUGAAGCAAAGGGAAUUGAACGAGCUCAAAAAGCCCACAUCCCCGUCACCUACCACAACCUGGUUGCGUACAAGAAGAAACACCCAGCCACCCCUGAAGGUGUCGAAGCUGCCCGAGUUCAAUAUGACGUGGACCUGGCGCAAAAGAUCCUAACCCAUAUCCCCUCCCCCGACUUGGUCAUCUGUGCCGGAUGGAUGCAUAUUCUAUCUCACGGAUUCGUCGACGCCUUGCAGAGGGCAAACGUCAAAAUCAUCAACCUCCAUCCUGCCCUGCCAGGUCAGUUUGACGGCUCCAACGCGAUUGGCAGAGCAUUCGAUGCUUUUCAACAAGGCAAAAUCACAAAGACGGGCGUCAUGAUCCAUGAAGUCAUCACACAGGUUGAUGCAGGGCGGCCUAUCCUCGUGCGCGAUGUCGAGAUUCGCAAAGAGGAUACGUUGGAAGACCUUGAGGAGCGCAUACAUCAAACUGAAUGGGGUUUAAUUGUCGAAGCCACUGAAAAGGUUCUCCAACUACUGGAACAGGAUCGAAGAGGUUCGCGAUAGUAUCCAAAGUGCCUUUCGGCUGGCCGUUUGUUGUUUGAUCUGACUACGGGUCCCCUUCCGCCCCCAUAGACGGUCCUUCAGGCACAGAUGGCGGUGCCAUGGCCUGGUCUUUCACGUGUCGCUUCAGAUGGAUGAAUUUUCCGGUUGAUUACUGAAAGACUUAGCCUUGCCGCAACCCACCAAGGAGACGAUUUUCUUUCUCACGGCCUUUAUUCUCAAGAUCGGCAGGUUCCACAUAGGGUCAUGACAGAGCCCCCACAGUACCUACCUCGGCAGCUACAAAAGGCAGACAGACACCUUAGCAUGGCAAGAGGAGGGUUACAAGAAAUCCAGAAGGCGUCACUUGGUCACCACCAAAAGGUAUCACCUGGUACUUGCAAAGAAUCAUAUUAGAUCAUGCCGUGCUCCCAUGGCAAAGGGUGGUCAUCAUGUUGACGAUGAGAAACGAGAUCAAAGUCUACAGGCAGACUUUGCGUAGGUAGAUAACAAAUCCGUCAUAUUUCCCGCCAAUCCAAUCAUAAUCAUACGUGUCAU